AUGCCAGACCCCCUGGGCAACGUCAACAACUGGCUAUUUGUGCGGAAGAUUGAGCCACCGCCGCAGCAGCCCGUCGCAGGGAUCACGUUUGAGCAGCAGCAGCAGCUUCUGCAGCAGCAGCAGCAACAGCAGUUACAGCAACAGGCCCAGCAGCAGCAGCAAGCGCAACAGCAGCAACAACAGCAGCAACAGGCGGUUGCUGCUGCAGCGGCCGCUGCGGCGCUGCUCCAGCAGCAGCAACAGCAGCAGCAGCACUUGGUAGCGGCGGCGCAGCAGGUGGUGGCGGCGCAGCAGCGGUCUCAGGUUGCUGCACAGCAGCAACAGCAGCAACAGGCGCAGGCACAUGCACAGGCACAGCAGCAGCAGGCAGGGAUAAUGCAAGCGCCACGGGCCCAGGCCAUCCCUACCAGCCCCACGGCACUCAGUGGCGCGGCUGGAGGCGGGUCGGCGGCGGGUGGGCCGGGUGCCUCUGUCGCGGUGGGGUCGACACUGGCGGGAGGCGGCGGCCUGGGAGGCGGUGCGGGUGGCAGUGGUGCGGGCGGCAGCGGCGGCGGCGAUGUGGACAUGGUGCCUGCAGACAGCAGCGUGGUGGCGCCCAUCAUCACACAGAGCGACAGGGAGCCGGACCUGACCAAGAAGAAGGUGAGCGAUUUCCUUCACGCCCACAGCGCGUACGAGCUGAUCCCCGAGAGCGGCAAGGUGGUGGUGCUGGACUGCGACCUGCCCGUGAGGCAGGCCUUCCACGCACUGCACGAACAGGGGUGCGCCAGCGCGCCGAUCUGGGAUGGCCGGGAGGGCACCAUCGUGGGUGUCGUGUCCGCCUCAGACUUCAUCCACACGCUGCAGCGGCUGCGCACCGCCGUCAGCCGUGGCGGGAACAACCCCCUCAGCGAGGCUGAGAUGGACGCGCACACGGUGGGCAUGAGUGUCAGCGACGCCACGCUGUGCUUGCACCCCCCCUCCUCCUGGCUGUGA